CGAACAACCUAACCUCAAAAAACCGUUGUAAACAAAACACAAUUCGCGUUCUUGGAGGGUUUUUGGUUUGCCGGAAAAAAUGUCUGAGAAAAAGGGCACCGGAAAUGCAGGCAAUAACACAGGAGGAGGAGCAGGUGGUGCCGGUGGUGGCAGCGGCGGCGGUGGCGGUGGUGGCGGUGAUAACAAGGAAAAGCGCCGGAAGGAAUCGAUUUUGGAUCUGAGCAAAUAUCUGGAGAAAACCAUUCGGGUCAAAUUUGCGGGUGGUCGAGAAGCGGCCGGAGUGUUGAAGGGUUACGAUCCGCUACUGAAUCUGGUGCUCGACAACACGAUAGAGUUUCUGCGAGAUCCGGACGACUAUAAACUAGCGGAUGAUACCCGGCAUCUGGGUCUGGUAGUCUGCCGUGGUACCUCGGUGGUGUUGAUUUGCCCCCAGGACGGCAUGGAAUCGAUACAGAACCCCUUCAUCGCUCAAGAGGGUUAGGCAAUGAACUCUAUGUUAAGCGAUCUUCCGGCCAGAGGAGCAUCCUUUCGAUUUGAGUUUUUUUUUUUCCACUGACUGAUCAAAUGAGUGUACAUCUCUUAUCGAUCAGCGACAAACUUUUUGCUUUAUUAUCUUUCCUCAUUAUCAUUUACCAUGAUUACCAACACAUUCUUUCAAUUUCCAAUCAUUCAAUAGUCAUAACUGCCAGGACCUUCGUCGAGGUCGAACAGGGAGAUAGCUGUAACAAUUCGAAGAACUGGAAGCAAACAAACGGUGGCUGGGAGCCAUUUCAGUAACGUAAAUGCAGGAUCCUUGAACGGCUUCACUUUUGCUUAACAGAAAACAAAACGAUUAAACAUAACGACGACACCAGGUUUUCAGCGUUUGGUUCUUUUUCUUGUAAAUAAAUUCCAAACUAAACUA